AUGGUUCUCAAGCGAGUGACACUUAGCGAUUGUAAUUUGAGUUACAUUACAACCAAGGUUCGCCCUGUGUGCCGUGAGAGAAUCGCGCAAUGGCGCACGGGUCCAGUGGUCACGGCCCACCAAACCGUGCAAAAAUUGGGCAGCGCAAGAAAAAAUUCGUGGGUGAAAUUUAUCGUGCGCCGCCCCGUUAUCCCAGGUCUGGAAUUCUGCAUCACCAAAUUUCGAUCGAGGUCCUAG